AUGUCACCUGCGCCUUCCACAAAGUCCCAAACUGACAAAAUUCACCGCUACCACAAACAUCGCUGCGCAAGCCGACGAACGCGGUGUCUGGUGCAUAACCACACCAGACUCGCUGGACUUACCCCCAGCCGCUCUGCAUCGCCAAGUUGUCAACUUAAAACAUCCCCACCCAAGGCGGAGCCUCGUCGGGGAGCAGUUCUUGUUAUAUCAUAUCUCCAAAUGGAGGCCGCACAGUUUGCUGCUGAGUUAGAGAAGAGCAGAGGGUUGACUAGCGACCUGGAGAGCGAAUAUUCAGACUCAGAUAUGACCGACCUAGAAGAUGGUGUGGAUCGCAUGGAAGAGGGUGUGCGGAGUCUUCAUCUGUGA